GCUUCCGUUUAUUCAUUCAUUUUCCACCAAAAACAAUCUCAUUACUUUCUCUCUCUUCUUUCUCUCUCUUUCUUUUCCUCUCUGCUUCAAUGGUUUCUCUGGACCGAUCUGCUAAACUUCAUAGAUCCUGAAUGUCUCUUUCUUUUCCUGGUAUUUUUUUUGACCAGGAGAAAUUUUAUUGCGUUUACUGAAUAUCAUUCCGAAGGUUUAAUGAACUUACUUGCCAUGGGGCGCGUCAAACCUUUGCGUGUUGGGAAGGCAAGUUUUAGUAUUAGGUUUGUGUUGAACUCAGCCUGACUAAGGCUGUUGCUUGACCAGUGUAAUUUAUUAAUAUGGAUAGGGCAGACACUUCAGGUUUUGUAAGUGGUGGACGUUUCUUGUUGAAAGCUUUAGCUGUCAUUGGUUUACUUUUUGUGCUUGCAAUUGAAGCUUGUGGCUGAGACUAUACUUCUAGUAUUUGUACUUUCCGCUUUUCUUGAGAUAUAUGUUGUUGAAGAUGGAUAUGAAUGAAAAGGGUGCAUAUUUCUCUCGCUCUAAUGAAUUUGCUAGAAAUGACAACUUUGGGGAUACCACUUUGCGGCUGGACUGCCUUGGCUAUGGAAGAAGCAGUGGUUCCCAAUUUUUGGAUACACCCAUGAAUUCGGAUGAUGGUUGCAGGCUGGUUCUUGGAUUGGGCCCGACACUGAGGGCAUAUUCAGAGGAUAAACAGGAAAAAGGAUCAUCUUCAUCGUUAAUCCAAGGGUUGUCGGGUGAUGGUGAUUCAAUCUUGAAGUUGGGACUUUCUGAUGAAUCUGAAAAUAUGUUUGGGUCACUGGAAAUUUCUUCAACACAUACUGGUAUGAACUCACAUGCUGAUCCUCAAUAUGUUAUUCCCUUGAUCGAUGAGGGCUCCACGUCUGCUAAGCUGUCAGGUGGUUACAUUCCAUCUCUUCUUUUGGCACCUAAAAGUGCUUGCAGUCAACCCCGUGUGCAGAUGUGGGAUAUGUUUGAUCUUGGCUCUAAAUCCUCUUCUGAACUGUCUCAGUUGGGUUCUGAGCCUUCUAAUACGACGAGUUGUACUCUGGGUACGAUAUCGGAGAAUUCAACUACUCUUACAUCUGUGGAAAAUAGACCACUACAUUCGAAAAGAUGUCGUUUUAUGGGAUGUACAAAAGGAGCUCGUGGAUCGUCGGGUUUAUGUAUUGGUCAUGGUGGUGGGCAGAGGUGCCAAAAACCUGGUUGUAACAAGGGUGCAGAAAGCCGUACUGCUUAUUGCAAGUCCCAUGGAGGAGGCAGGAGGUGCCAGCACUUAGGAUGCACUAAAAGUGCUGAGGGAAAGACUGACCACUGUAUUGCUCAUGGUGGAGGUCGUCGAUGUGGGUAUCCUGGAGGUUGCACCAAAGCAGCACGUGGGAAAUCGGGGCUUUGUAUUCGUCAUGGUGGAGGUAAAAGAUGUAAGGUGGAAGGAUGCUCAAGGAGUGCUGAGGGCCGUGCUGGUCUUUGCAUCUCUCAUGGAGGUGGAAGGCGUUGCCAAUUUCCAGCUUGUACGAAGGGUGCUCAAGGCAGCACUAUGUUCUGCAAAGCACAUGGAGGGGGAAGGCGGUGCAUAUUUGCUGGCUGUACGAAGGGUGCUGAGGGGAGUACUCCAUUGUGCAAAGGACACGGUGGUGGUAAACGAUGUAUGUUUGAUGGUGGAGGGAUCUGUCCGAAAAGUGUUCAUGGGGGCACCAACUUCUGUGUUGCUCACGGAGGCGGAAAGAGGUGUUCUGUUCCUGGGUGCACAAAGAGUGCACGUGGGCGCACUGAUUGCUGUGUCAGGCAUGGUGGUGGGAAGCGAUGCAAAGUUGAAAACUGUGGAAAAAGUGCCCAAGGCAGUACCGACUUCUGCAAAGCCCACGGGGGUGGGAAACGAUGCUGCUGGGGUGAUGGAAAGUGCGAGAAAUUUGCUCGGGGUAGGAGUGGACUAUGUGCAGCUCAUACUAGCAUGGUUCAGCAACGAGAAAAUAGGCGAGGAAUGAUUAGGGCUGGCUUGUUCCAUGGGAUCGUUUCAACGACCUCUUCCGCUAUAGCCAGCAGCCAGGACAAGAACAAUUCCGCAUCUUUGGCGAGUGUUAUAUCUGAAUCUGGAGAUACAUUAGGACGGCCAGCUAAACGACAACAUCUCAUACCCCCAGAGGUUCUGGUUCCCUUGUCGAUGAAGUCUACCUCAUCUUAUUCCGUGCAAACAAUAACGGGUGAUCAAAACAAUCGAUGCAAUGUCGAUAAUAGAAGAGGAAAUUUCGAAUUCCUGAUUCCAGAGGGUAGAGUCCACGGUGGAGACCUGAUGUCAUUGCUCGGAGGAAAUCUUGGUAAUGCCGUGCAUGGGAUAUGAUUAUGAACUGUAAAGAAACAAGGUAACCCCCUUUGCCCUUUUGAAUUUUUCUUGUAAUUGUGUAUAAAGCAGUAAGUUAUAUGAGUAUGACCUCUUGUACAAAUUAAAUAGUUUCUUUAAAACCAUUGUAUUUAUUGUGGUGGUGACAUUCACCCUGCAUUCCUUACCAGAGUGAAUGAAUUGUAUCUGUAAACUGUAUGUCACUUUUUUUUUAUCUUUUAAUAACGUCACCACCUAAAUUUGGACAUCGUUUGAUUUUUUGUGUACGAUUCAUUCAUGGGCUGUUA